AGAACAAGGGGCAACUGCUGAAGACAUCUCCGAAGGGACCCCGACUUUCUUCCCCUGCUGCGGAGGGGAGGCAGGAAAACUCAGAAGGAGGAGCGCCGCUCCCGGCCAGCCAGCAGCCCCACCUGCAUGGAGUGAAGGAUGCGGCCCGACGACAUUAACCCGAGGACUGGGCUGGUGGUGGCUCUGGUCAGUGUCUUCCUGGUCUUCGGUUUCAUGUUCACCGUCUCUGGGAUGAAGGGCGAGACUCUGGGAAACAUCCCCCUCCUGGCCAUCGGGCCGGCCAUCUGCCUGCCGGGCAUCGCAGCUAUCGCCCUGGCCAGGAAGACGGAAGGGUGCACCAAGUGGCCGGAGAACGAGCUGCUCUGGGUCCGCAAACUGCCCUGCUUCCGGAAACCCAAGGACAGGGAGGUGGUGGAGCUGCUGCGGACCCCUUCGGACCUUGAGUCAGGCAAAGGAAGUUCAGAGGAGCUGGCUAAGAAGGCAGGCCUCCGGGGGGAAACGCUCCCCCAGGCGCACAGUGAGGUGCCCCCGGCCGGCUCCGUCGCCACGCACACACCCACGGAGGAAGAAGGCCGGAGCCUCGUCCACAGUGCGCACCAGGAGGAGACGUCCCGGUACCUGGGUGGCUACUGUCCCUCGGGCAGUUCUCUCGCCUACAGUGCCUUGGACGCCAAGUGCUCCUCUGCCUGGGACAGAUCUGAGUGCCCCGAGCCAGAGGACAGCAUCUUCUUCGUGCCCCAGGACAGUAUCAUCGUCUGCUCCUACAAGCAGAACAGUCCCUAUGACCGGUACUGUUGUUACAUCAAUCCGAGCCAGGGCAGGUGGGACCAUGAGACGAUCGUCUAAGCUCUGCGCGCAGGGGUGCUGUGGUGUUGACAGAAACAGCUAGGUCAGCUCCCAGUGGAUGGAAAUUGCUCUUCUCCGGCAGCCUUCACACGCCUAGAGACGGACGUGGUAUGUGACGGCUGUGCCAGCCUCCGGUGCCUGAAAGGCGUGUAAAUAGGCAUGCUGGGGACACGGCUUAGGGAAGGGUGAUGAGGAUUAAAGACCCUGGAAAAGGCAGAGGGUAGGAAAGGAAGCAGUUCCAGUUGGUUCUUUUGAACAAUUUGUACAAUGUCAAACCCUUGUGAAAUAACCCCAAAAUUCUUACUAGCACCUGUGGAAAGCGAGAUCAGUCCAGAGUGGGCUGUGAAUUCUCGGCACCAAGUGAGGCACGGGCCGCCCACGUGCAAACAGCUGCGUUAUGUCUGAAGAAGCCUAAAGAAAACCACUUCAGUGCUCCACUAUAGGAAACGAUUUUUGUCUGGUGAUAAGCUUUUCACUCUUGGUAAUUACUGAAAGGGAAAAAAUCAAGACAGACUAGUUAAGCCUGCCUCAGAAAGGACGGUUUUGGGAGAAAGGGAAGUUAAAAAUCUUGAACUGUAUAACUUUCCAUGGCAUUAUCCUCUGACAGAUCAUGGUUUCAAAUAAAAUAAGUGUGACCAGUUAUGUGAAAGACUAAUAUUUUAGGUGGCAUAUUUUACUUCUUAAACUCAUCAUUUAAACUGAUGUAUUGGGUGUUUAUAUGAAAUUUGUUAGCAUUUACUAUUAUUCAUGUGUAAUUUCCUUACCAGGUGCAAAAUGGCUUGAUGUAACAUUUUCAUAGAUUAGAAUUUGUUUUAAAUCAAGACAAGAUGAAUUUUACAUAUGUACUCAAAUGUCUUCAGCAUUUCUGGGAGAUGUGUCCUGGUAGCCACUAGAAGCUUUUUAAAAUUUGAGACAUACAUGUUAGCGCUGAAUGUUAUGCAAAAUGUGUAUGAAAUGCAAUAGUUAAACCUUUGGAAGCCUCAUUAUUUGUACAUCUGUUCAACACUCCACAGAAUACAAAUGCCAGUGAAACGAGAGUUAAUCUACUAAACUUAAUUGAAGCCCAGAUUUUAUUAAGUUCUCCAAAUCAAUGAGCUUUGUAUGAUGAAAGUAUAUUUCAUACUUUUUUGCAUCUGAGGGGAAACAUCACCAUGGUAUCCUAAAAUUUAUUUUCUACUUAUUUCUCUUGUUCAACUAUAAUAGAUAAAAGGACAAUGAACCAAAAUACCCUAUAACCCCUGCCACAGAAGCACAUUGAGUUAUAUAUAAGAACGGUGAUAGAUUUCAUCUUGAAGAUGAGAAUUAUUUUGUAUCCCUCAAAGGAUGACAGUUUUAAGUUACUAGAUGGUUUCAGUCACCCCCAAAAGGUGAAUUGAGGACAAAAGUUUGGAACUUAUCUCUUUUAUAGAUUUCAAGUCCAACUCUGUAAUUCUUUCAUAGGUAUACCAAUUGUUCUGUCAUGGAAAUUAUGCUCUUAAAAAUCAAACUUUUCAGAUCCAGUUCAGGAUCUAAAGUAGAUGACUUUUUAAUAGGGCUUAAAUGUCAAAAAGUGAGAUGUGUGAUUUUGGGCAAUUAUCUCCUCAUACCUCAAUUUGCUACUACAUGAAAGGGAUGAGGCAGUGGAACUGAUUUGUACCAAAGUGUUUCUGUCAUUUAUUCUGAGGUUUAAUAUUCUGUGUUUUACCAAAGGCACUUUAGUUGUGGCAGAAAAUGAGUUACAGCAAAAUGCAUGCCAAAGUUAUGCAGUUUUAUAACCGAACUUAGGUGACAUGGAUUGAAUUGCUACUAUUUAAUGAAGUUUUAUAGAUGUAUAAACCCGGAUGUGUCUGACUACCAAGUAUUAUUUAUUCAAUACAAUACUUUCUUGGGAAUAAAGUUGAAAAAGUUAGGAGUAAAAUAUUUUUGAGGAGAAGCUUCUAAAUGUUCAGAUAGCCCAAAGUAGUAUAAUGUACAGCCUUGCAAAAAUGUAAUUGAAAAAAAAAAUGUAAUUGAAUUCGGAUUUGGGAUGGGGAGAGAUAGUGUCCUAAAACCAUAAUACUUUUUAAUAAUUCUAAAGCAGUUUGAAAGCAGGAAAUAAUAUUUCUAUAAAGGAGAAAAUUUCCGGUAACUCUUAGAAACAAAAACUUCCCCUAAAGUGUUUGCUACUGUUGACAUCUUAAGAAGAGGAGAGAAAGCAAGACAGAUGUUUGAAGAAAUAGUGACUACACAGGUCUGAGAGGUAUGGCUCGAGAUUUGGAAAGUUACUUUCUGAUUUAUUGGAACCAGCUAAAACUCCUUCAUAUAACACACACACACAGAGAGACAGAGAGAGACAGAGAGAGGGUCCCAUCCCAAGUCCAGGGCCACCUGCUAGUUUAGAGAUAUUAUGUAUGCUAUCACGUUCUCAAAUUCCAUCUCAGAAGUCCAUUUCAGGUUUCUUCUUCACCCACCUACUUAAGGCACUGAAGGCAUCCGUCCUGUGUGCGUGGAAGGGAGUGUUCUGUGCUAAAGUAAUUGUUCACAAAUGCUGGGCUGGAGGCUGAGCUUUGCUAACCAGAAAGAAUAAAACGUGUGAUUGUG